UUGUAUGUUUUACUGUUUUUACUUCUACGAUUAGCUUGUCUUUUUACAUGUUGUCUAUGGUAUCGUUUUCGCGCUGUUUUGUGGUACUAGCAUUGGCCGUGCUUGGAUCUGCCUCUUCUGGAGACAGAGCUCAUAUUUACCAAAACUGCGUAUCUAUAUGCCAUGCCCAGCGCUGUGUAUCACCCUCGACAUCCUUACCAUUGUUUCUUAGAUUGACGCAAUGGACGUGCACAGACGACUGCAAAUACGGAUGUAUGCAUACCAUAACAGAUAAAGCCGUCGAAGCAGGUCUUCAAGUCGAACAGUACUAUGGGAAGUGGCCUUUUUGGCGAUUAUUUGGGAUGCAGGAACCAGCUUCCGUUGCGUUUUCUCUCUUAAACUUGUGGUUUCAUGCUCAAGGAGCACGUCAAAUCUUGUCUCAAGUCCCCUCAAAACACCCAAUGAAGCUCUACUACUUAGUAUGGGCGUUCAUCAGUGUCAAUGCUUGGACGUGGUCAUCAAUUUUCCACACCAGAGAUCUACCUUUCACUGAAAAGCUAGACUAUCUCUCAGCCGCUAUGGCCAUAUUAUUCGCCCUUUACUACACCGUCCUUCGGUUUUAUCAUCUGUACCCUUUGGUUCAAGGAUGUACUCAAAAUGCGGCAAUAUCCCAACAGUGGAGGAAGCCCCUAUACCUCGCAUGGAGCUCCGCUUGUACAAUCAUAUACAUUGCCCACGUUUCCUAUCUGACCUUACCCCCUCGAUUUGACUAUUCAUACAAUAUUUUGUUCAACCUCUCCCUUGGACUUAUACACAAUUUUCUGUGGUUAGCCUAUUCGCUUCCGGCGUCGUUUUCAGUGCUCCGCAGAUUCCCUUUCCGACCCAAAUCAUACAGACCAAAGUUUGCGAGCAAGGCAGCGGUUUUUGUUCUUCUUACCACUGCGGCUACUGCACUAGAGCUAUUCGAUUUUCCUCCGUGGGGGAGGAUUAUAGACGCGCAUUCGUUAUGGCAUCUCAGCACCGCCCCAAUCGUCAAGUUCUGGUACGACUUCCUUAUCGAAGAUGCUUUAGAUGAUGGCUGGAGGGACCAGAGAAUGUGAGUGGUGAUAUGUAUGGUGAUUA